CAUUGCAGCAGUAUCAGACAGCCCGUAGCCCCGCCCGCUGUCGUAUCAACGGACACACCCACACACUCACAUUUGUCGUUCCUGCUGGAACGUUAUAGGCGCGCGGCUGUUGUUUUAUAUGGUUUGUAUUAGUUUGCCGGAGCAUCGCGUGCGGCACGGAGUAACGGUCGCAGUCUCCCCGCGCAGGAGUUGAGCACGGAUCGUGAAGCGCAGGUUUUGUUCAGCGCAGGAUUUCGAGUGAAUACAGCCGAGCGAGUGCAGCGGAGGACGCAGCAGAGCCGUCACCAUGUGCAUUUGACAAAUAACCGGGGGCCAUACAGGCGAGCUGAGAGGAUGACGAUGGUGAGUGAGCUCCAUAGUGUCUGAUGGUUUGGUAAUAAUGGACGUCCCCAAUGGCCAGCCCAUCAUCUCCACCUUCACGACCCCGGCCUCAGAGAGGAGCAGCAGUUCUGAGUCCCUCAGUGAGAAGGGCCCCUCAGAGCUCAAGAGUUUUGACGCUGUGGUGUUCGACGUGCUGAAGGUCACGCCAGAGGAAUAUGCAGGUCAGAUCACUCUCAUGGAUGCUCCAGUGUUCAAAGCCAUCCAACCUGAGGAGCUCUCUAGUUGUGGCUGGAACAAGAAGGAGAAACACAGUUCAGCACCCAACGCAGUGGCCUUCACACGACGCUUUAACCAGGUGAGUUUCUGGGUGGUGAGGGAGAUUCUUCAUGCUCAGACUCUGAAGAUCAGAGCAGAAGUGUUGAGCCUCUAUAUAAGAACAGCAAAGAAACUGUGUGACAUGAACAAUCUCCAUGCAGUGAUGGCAGUAGUAUCUGCUUUACAGAGCGCCCCCAUCUUCAGGCUCACCAAGACCUGGGCUCUUUUGAGUCGAAAGGACAAGGCCACGUUUGAGAGGCUGGAGUAUCUGAUGUCUAAAGAAGACAACUAUAAACGCUUGAGAGAUUUCAUCAGCAGCCAGAGCAUGACAUCCUGCAUCCCGUAUCUGGGUAUAUAUCUGUCUGAUCUGACCUACAUCGAUUCGGCGUAUCCAUCCACCGGCAGCAUUCUGGAAAACGAACAGCGUUCCAACCUCAUGAACAACAUUCUGAGAAUCAUCUCAGACCUGCAGAGAUCCGUUGAAUAUGAUAUCCCAGUAUUGCCGCAUGUCCAGAAGUAUCUUAACUCUGUGCGCUACAUUGAGGAGUUACAGAAGUUUGUGGAGGACGACAAUUAUAAGUUGUCCCUAAAGACUGAGCCACCAGCUACCAGCACACCUCGCACCACUGCCUCUAGAGAAGACCUCACAGGUCCAGAUAUAUCUGCGUCACCGUUAUGUGGUCGUCGUGGUAAUGUUGCUGAAGGUGCCCUGCCUAAAGUCCCGCCAACGCCACCCUCACCUCGGAACCUCAUCACCUACGGACACAGGAAGUGCCACAGCCUCGGCUACAAUUUUAUCCACAAAACGAACACGGUGGAGUUUAAAAGCGCUACUUUCCCCAACGCCGGAUCCAGACACCUGUUGGACGACAGCGUGCUGGAAAGCCACACUCCCACACGAGGACAGGCAGAGAGCUCAACACUGUCUAGCGGCAUUUCACUGGGAAGCAGUGAAGGGUCGGAGCUCAGUGAGGAGAUGUCAUGGCCUGCCUUUGAGAGGACUCGAUUCUACCACUCUCUGGGCCCCGUCAGCAGAGUGGGUCGCAUUUCCUGCAGAGGAGCGCUCAGGCCCAGCAGCUCUGCAGAGUCGGAGGAGCUGGCGGUGCAUCUGUACCCAGGAGCCGUCACAGUUCAGGGGGUCUUACGCAGGAAAACAGUCCUCAAGGAGGGCAAGAAACCCACGGUGGCAGCGUGGACUAAGUAUUGGGUGGCUCUUUGUGGUACUCAGCUUUACUAUUAUCCUGCUAAGUCCCUCAAGGCCACAGAGAGGAAGCAUUUCAAGUCUAACGCCAGCAAAAGUGUUUCUGUUUUGGGCUUAAUGGCCAUGAUGGCAGAUGACCCGGAGCAUCCCGACAUUUUCCUGCUGACUGACUCUGAGCACGGAAACUCAUAUAAGUUCCAAGCAGGGAACAGAAUGAACGCUCUGCUGUGGUUCAAACACUUGAGUGCAGCUUGUCAAAGCAACAGGCAACAGGUCCCAGCGAAUCUAAUGUCCUUUGAAUGAGUGAAACCAGGGCGAAUCAAACACGGCUGGAUGACAGGAGAGCAGAGGAAUAUGAAGAUCGCUGGGGAACGAGGAGAGGCCAGGGACGAAUAAAAGAGCAAAUGACUCGUGUUUUGUGUGCGUUGGAGCUUUUCCACUGCCAUCACCCAGCCUGAGCCCCACAGCAAACUCCUUGAGCACCACUGCCUUAACAAGCAGAGUGUAUGUGUGUGUGUGUGUGUGUGUGAAAGAGAGAGCGACACGACGCCCCCAGCAGCAAUGGUGUCCCUUCCGCUGGUUUGACCCGAAAGGACCUGAUUCCUUCUUCCUUUUACAUUUUAUUUACACUUCCUGCAUCUUCCAUCCGAUUCCCAGCAAGCGAGGAACUUGGAAUCUUCUUGGGCUCUUCUUGAAGUACUCUUCAUGGACCUCUGGAGUUUGUUUACACCUUCUUUACCUUCUUUGUUGCUUGAGUUUUAUGUAUUAACUGGUUGUAAAUCUAAUCAGCGCUCCUCCUUCUUUGACGAAACACACGCAGGAAUCUCUCCGGUUUUGCAGAUCGAUCCUCAAACACUCACACAAGACGGUGAUUGCAUCUUCAGACACUUGAGUUAAGGCUAAUGCAAGCAUGACACAAGAUUUUCCACAAACAGGUUUCAACUGCAGCAAAUGGAAGUCCCUCAUUUAUUAAAACACAACUCCGAAAGGGCUCCGAUACUCCAUGAAUUCCAGAUGAAGAGAAACUCUUUAUCUUCUGAAUGUCUCCUUCAGUUUUUUCUGUUCAACCUCUGUGCUCUUUUAUGGAUUCUCCAGCCAUCUUUUUAGCUCAUAUCAACACAAACACACACACAAACAUGUCUGUUUUGCUAGAAGGCAACUAAGAUGUUCAAAACAAGGGUGUGUAGGAAGAAAAGAUUGAGAAUGGAAGAGCUCAUCAAGCAGGAACAACAAGAUGUUUGAAGUCACUCCUUUAUGGUAAGACUCGUACAGCUUCAAAACAUCUGCAAUAAGCACACCGGUUUACACAAGUUCAGUCAAACAGUAAAAGAAUCGUUUGUUCGCUUCUGGAUUCGCAGUACGAGUCGUCUUUGAGGACACACUCCUACAUAAACACACUUUUCAAGCUGUGAAUGUUAGUGGGCGCAGACGUCAUUUAGUUUACAUCUUCAAACUUGUUUUUAGUCCCAUUAUAUUUCAUUUUUUUCCCCAGUCUACCAGUGGUUUUCCAAUGGAAUGGUGGGAAUCGGAGCAGGAGAUAAGGCACUUGUGCGCUUGUGUUUUCUGCAGCAUCAGUGGCCCACUGCUACUUUUAUGUUUUAUGUUUUGCUUUAAUGUGGUUUUAUUUUAUUAUUUUAUUUCAGUAUUACUGGGAUAGUUGCACAUGUCUAGACUGAUUUAAUUGUCUGUUACAUUAACAUGUUUUCUAUGAUUUUGUCAUUUUCAUUUUGAAAGUAACGCCACCUUGACUUGGUUUUCGUGGGAUGUUUUCUUCUCGUUGAGCCAUUAAGGUUCUUGUUUGCUCAUUUAGUGAACAGCUUUAUCAGUUUCUAUUGGGAACAAGAGAUGUCUGCUAAGCUCAGAACAAAUGAUUAACGUUCUUGCGGCAUCAUGAAGCAGGAGGCCUUAUCCGCCGGACCAGGAUGUCUCAGGACGUUCGAUUAGAUGGGUCCGUCUUUAUCUUUCCAUUUCACUUGAUCCUGUUCUUCUGUAUUUCACGGACCAGUGUAUUUUUCCAGGCUCGGCUCUACUGUUUCCAGUUGGGUGGAACAUCAUAUUGAGAUUCAAAGUCUUGUUCCAAACACUCUGAGAGGAGGAGGGAAGAUCUUGGGUAAUGAAGGACAUGAAUCCUUUGCUUGGAUGAUGAUUGCAAGAGACUUCUUCCAGAGUGUCGAAGUGCUGUGGCGUCUUUGCUUGACCGACGAUAAUAAACAACAUUUACAUAAAUGGUAACUGAGGAAUUGGCAACUGGUUUAUACUCGUUCUCACCAGUUCUCACCAUUUGCUUUGUGGUUGUUUUUGUAUGGGAUUGAGUGGAGAUGAUUGGAUGCUGAGGUCGAGGGUGGGAAACUGGCCACCUUGCGUUGCUUAUCUUCUUAAAACAAUA